AUGGAGUAUUUACAUAAUUGUCAGACUUAUGUUGGGGGUACUGGUCUGGCAAUUAAUAGUCCCCUUUACAGAAAAAAAUCUAUCCAAAUACAUUUUUUUCCGCUCACUUUGCUCUUGAUUGCUUUGUCAAGUUACAAAUUACGGGACACCAAUAACGACAUUUUUCUCAUUAUGGAAAUUCUGGAAUCUAUAUCAACUUUUACUCUACUAAUGAUACGAAAAUAUGUGGUUUUCACCCAUAGCAGCUUAAUGUUGGACAUUUUCAAUGAUUGUUAUAACCUUUGGUCUUUUGAUCUGUUUGGACUAGAACUUGAACAAAAAUUUAAAAAACAAAUGAAAAACUGUUGGACUCUGGCUCAAACUCUUAUUACUUGUGGUUUCAUAACUAUCAUGUUUAUGUGUGUAAGUGCCCUUAUCGAGGAGGAAAAGUUAGUACCGUUCAUUUGCUGGUUACCAGAUUUUCUUUACGCCAGAGAACUGAUUUUUUUAUCUCAAUUUAUAAUUUUAAUGGUUGUUUUCUACUACAUUUUACUCACAGACGGAUUCUAUCUUUUGGUUUGUAUGGAUAUAAAAAUUCAGUAUAAAAUGAUGAGAAAAAUGUUAAAGUCCAUUAAAUUUGGAAUAAUUUUAGAAAAGGAAAGUUUAGAGAAGUUGGUGGAGUUGGCAAAACAUCACAAUAAGAUGUUAAAGCUUCACAAAAAAUUGAAUAAUGUGUUUUCGAAAUAUUUUUUAGUGCAAUAUGCUAUGUCGGUUUCUGCAAUAACGGUUCAAGCAUACACCUUAAAGUACAGUGAAGUCACUAUUGAAACAGUACUAAAAAGCAUUUUCUACACAGUUUCAAUCCUGCUUCAAGUCGCUCUUUAUUUUUUUCCCGCCAGUAAUGUGGAAAUAGAAGCAAGUAUAAUAAUUAUAAAGUUAUUUAUUUUAUUUUUUCUAAACUGGCAAGACUACGGAAACGUAAAAAUUAGACAUCACAUUCUUUUCAUGCUCUUAAAAUCACAACAAAAAUUGGAAAUGAAAGGCGGAGGCAUGUUGCAUAUAAAUCGAAACGAAUAUCUUAUGAUGUUUCGUCUCGCAUUAACAAUUGCUACUCUUUUGGGCAAUUUGAGCUAA